GCAGGAUAAUUUUCUUGCAAGUAAUAUUUUUCUGCUAAAUAAUGGAACAGUUGUGUAUUGAGAUGUGAGAGGUCUUCACCAUUUCAUUUCUGUUUUUCUGUCAAGACAACACCUUUGAAACAUCGGGAACGUCUGGAUCUUUUUAUCAAGUCCGAGUCGACGCGUUUGUUACUGUUGUGGAAAUUUGUUUUGCUGAGAGGAAUUAAAAUAUUACAGUACAUCAGGUAUAGAAAAUGGAUAGCACAGAAUGGAUACCCCAUACAACAAAGUCAGGAAAGAUUCUGUAUUAUAUAAAUCCAGCCACUGGGGAAUGUAAAUGGCAAAAUCAACUUAACAAGGAAGACAGUCAAAGCAGUAUUUGCAACACAGAAAUAAACUCUAAGCAGGCAUCUACUAAAGCCUGUUGCUCCUCACCCAAGUGUGAUGGUGAUGAGGUGAUUGCUUCUACAUCUGCUUAUGGCUCUGAAACAACUGUCUCUGAGUCGUGGACUCAAGAGAGAUAUCUUACACCAAGCAAUUGUGCAGAAAACAGCCCAAAAAGAAAAGAUGAAAGAGAAGGUAGCCAGGAGCCUGAAAAUGAUGUACAGUUUGUAAAAAAUCGGGAACGUCAAAUGACAGUGGAUGUCUUGGCAGAAUGUAAAACUGCUCGUAUCCAUUGCAUUGAGAGUGGUGCUGUCACAGUUUUACAAACGUCAAGUAGGCACUCAGGCACUGGACAGGUGACUAGAAUUGGGUCAAGUGAAAGUGUUGUCCCACAGGAGAUACUUCAGUGUCCGCAGUGCAGUGAAGAGUUUUCCUGUCCAAAUAAAUUUACCACACACCUUCGUAGCCAUCCCGGAAUUGAUCCACUGAAAUGUCCAGUGUGUUCUAAGGAAUAUUCUUCGUCCACAUCCCUGAGCACUCACCUGAGAACUCACACAGGGGAAAAGCCGUUCUCGUGCCCACAGUGCCCCAAAUGCUUCAGUCAGUCAAGUCACUUGACCACACACAUGCGCGUGCACACGGGAGAGAAGCCAUAUCAAUGUCCUAAGUGUCCAAAGACAUUUGGACAGUCGAGCCACCUGACGUUGCACCUGCGCAUUCACAACGGUGAGAAACCAUUUCAAUGUCGCUUCUGUAGCAAAGGAUUUUCUCAUUCGUCAGCUCUGAGUACUCACAUGAGAACCCAUACAGGUGAAAAACCCUUCCAGUGUCCAAACUGCCCAAAGAAGUUUUGUCAGUCCAGUCAUCUCAAAAUUCAUGUACGGACGCAUACUGGAGAAAGACCUUUUCAAUGUCCACACUGUCAGAAAUGUUUUCGACAAUCUUGUUACCUUACUAAGCAUGUGCGGGGCCACUUAAAAACCGAACAAAGUGUUUGAUAACUAAGAUAUAUAUUUCAUGUAGAAAACUGUAAACAAUGAUUGAGUAAAGCAACUUAAAACAUUU